GAACGCAUUCGGAUUCAAAACACCCAUCACGCCGUCAAUGACUCAAUGCUGCAAGCAAUGAACUAAAGUUUCUCGUUAAUAAUGUUUCACAAUCGUCCCUGUGGAUGUAAAGGCCAGCGUACCUGCCUAACAUGUGAAGAAAGUUAUGAGGAUGUGGCGAGUAAAGCAAAGUCUUGGGUGACAGAUGAAGAGAAGGAAAAGUCCUAUGUAUAUUGUCCAGAGUGUGAUCUUGCCUGGCCAGGCUGGGAGGCAGACAGCUGGAAAGUCCACCCAGACCAUGCUGGUGACUCAAUCAAAUUUCCAGGUAUAAAAGUAAUACAAAAUUUUAUAACUGAAGAUGAAGAAGAAGAGCUGAUGAAACAUCUUGACGAAGUACCUUGGGACCUCUCUCAGAGUGGAAGAAGGAAGCAGAAUUAUGGACCAAAGUGCAACUUCAAGAAACGUCGUGCAAAGGCAGAAAACUUCUCUGGUUAUCCAGCCUUUACAAAAUUCAUUCAAGAUCGUUUUGCUUCAGUUGAUGUUUUAAAGAAUUUUCAGACGGUUGAGCAGUGUUCGCUGGAUUAUCCUGUUGAAACUGGAGCAUCAAUUGACCCUCAUAUUGAUGACUGCUGGAUUUGGGGGGAACGUAUACCUACAGUGAGCUUACUGGUUGACUCGGUACUUACACUAAGAAAGUACAGAGGACCUGAAACAAAAUAUAACUUAAUGGAUACUUAUAAGUAUCCUGCUGUUAUGAAAGCAAAUGAAGUGAAAAAUGAAGAAGAACUUAAACAAGAAUUCCAUGAGCUCUGUCAAAAUAAGGCUGUUACAAAGAUUGAAGAAAAUGCGAAAGAAGCAGAGGCCUCCCCAGAAUUAGAUGCAGGUCCAAAUAUAGUACGCCUGCCCAUGCCUCAGCGUUCUCUUAUAAUUUUCUUUGGUCCCCCACGCUAUAAAUGGGAGCAUGGCAUUCUGCGAGAAGAUAUUCCAUCACGUAGAGUUUGUAUAACAUAUAGGGAGCUCACACCUCCAUAUCUCCCAUUUGGGUCCGAAUCAAAAACUGGAGCAGAAAUACUAAAAGCAAGUAAAAAUUUCUGGGAUCAUUACCAGUAUUAUGGUAUCACUUGUUCAAGCUGAUGUUUGAGGUUUACAAUUACUCAAAAUGUGAUACUCUUCUAUUUUUCUAAAAGAAAAAAAAUCUGUUAAAUGAAAAAGGCUGAACAGUGUGUAAAUUUUUAGAGAGGACUUAUUGCUACUGUACUAUUUUAAUUCUAAAUGUCAGCCAUUCAGAGCCAAUUUACAUUUUUUGAAAAUUCUUUUCAAACAAUUGCAUGCUAAAUAAUUACUUGAUUGUUUAUUGUUGCUUUGUCUUAUAGUUGAUAUUUAUUUCCACUGAUUCUGUGUUGAAGAUUACUUGUAAUUUAAUAUGAAUCUUAUUGAAAUGCAAAAAUAUUUUUAGCAAAUGUAAAACAUAUAUUUUUAUUUAUAUAUCUUGUAAUAUCAGAUUUUGUUAAUUGCAUAAGAAUUACAUAAUUUACUAGGUGUGGAUAAUGUGCAAAACUAUAUAACAUGGCGAUUUACUUAACCUUCAGUUUUAACUCCAGGGUUUUCAGUUAUGUCAUAUGAAAGUUUUUAGUUUCUGAUUUAACCAAGUUUGUUUAUAUAUAGAUAUCUAAGUAUAUGUGUGCGGGUGUAGAUAGGUGGGUGGUUGUGUGUGGGAUGGAUGGGGUUGUUUGUGUAGGCCCUCGUCUCAACCAAUUUUGCAUGGUCUUUUCGUCUCCCCCCUUUCCUUCUGUCCACUUCCUAAGAUAUAAGGGCUGUGUUAAAAGGAUAAAAGGCUGGCUUAGGUCAGUCCUGAAUGGCCUCAUGGAGCCAUGGGCACAGUAUUCCCAUUAAGUUAGCAAGCUUUAACCUUGUAUGUGAGGAUUCUGAGGGGUGAAUCAUUUUUCUUCCCCAGAUAAUCUAGCAUUAUGGCCAAUAAUGAUUUUAUACCUUUGUUAGGGGCAUUGAAGCUUUCCGCUUUAUCAACUAGCCCACUGACUUUGAUUUUUCUGGUUCCCCAACCCCUGGCUCUCCUUUGAUCAUGAGUGAACAUGAGUUCCCCCCUGAAACCUGCUGUCAUCUCAGUCCACUCCAUAGCACCUACCCGGGUCAUUACCCAAAAUUCAGAGAUAUUGGAAUGUGUGUGGGUAGUCAAGCGCUUCCUGGCAGUCUUAAUCCCUUGCCAAUCAUCUUUGCUCAGGGCCUGAGUAUUUAGGGAGCAUACCUGUUGAAGAUGCAAGAAAAACUUGUCCAAACUUUACAAUUUAUGGAAGAUCAUGGUCUUUUGCAACCUCAGCUCUAAACAUUUGAAAAAAAAACUCACUCUCACAUGUAUGUAGACAAAGGGUAACUGAAAUUAAAUAUGGUUUUGUAUAUUUUAUUAUAUAUACUACAAUUAAUAUGAAAUAUAACUUUGGAUUCUAGAAAUAACUAACUUAAGAAUCUCUUUCCA